GGCACAAUACUCCACACACUCACUACGAGCGUCAUCGGCAACAGAACCAACGCUCUUCCCUUCUUGCCUCCGCCGUCAUCAACGAUCGCAUGCAAAGCAUCCCGCAUCAUCAUCAUCACCAUCAUCUAACGGCGAGUCAACUCUCCGCGUUGACACAACCAAAUACCCUAAAUUAGUCUAUCAAACCGCCGAGACACAAACAUCUGAGUUCGGCUAGCAUUUUCUUGCUCUGUCGGUGAAACACCAUUCUUUUUUUCUAAUUGUUACCACGCGAUCGGAGCAUCCGUUUACGCGUCAUGCCUGAACAGAGCAACGACUACCGCGUGGUGGUGUUCGGAGCCGGGGGCGUCGGCAAGAGUUCCUUGGUACUACGGUUCGUCCGGGGAACCUUCAGAGAGACUUACAUUCCCACGAUAGAGGACACCUACAGACAAGUCAUCAGCUGCAAUAAGAACGUAUGCACCCUGCAAAUAACAGACACAACCGGUUCGCACCAGUUCCCAGCAAUGCAGCGCCUGUCAAUCUCCAAAGGCCACGCCUUCAUCCUGGUCUACUCCAUCACGAGUCGGCAGUCAUUGGAGGAACUCAAACCCAUCUAUGACGUCAUCAGUGAGGUCAAAGGGGACAUCGAUGGUAUCCCGAUCAUGCUGGUGGGCAAUAAGUGCGACGAUGGUAACCGGGAGGUGACCAUACAGGAAGGCAUGGAGCAGGCCAAGUCUUGGGGCUGCGCGUUCCUGGAGACCUCGGCCAAGACAAACUACAACGUCAAGGAACUUUUCCAGGACUUGCUUCAACUGGAGAAGCGACGGACCAUGAGCCUCCAUUUGGAGACCAAGAAAUCCAAGUCGCAAAAGAGGCGCGAGAAGCUGAAGGGCAAGUGUACGGUGAUGUGACUUCAAAGACGCCGCUCCUUUGAUAAGACUCUAUUGGAGGCACAAAUGGCGCGCGGCUAGCAACGUGUCGGCGCUUUUAAGCCGUCAUGACGUCAGCUAACUUUGUCACACAUGCGCGUCAAAAAAACCCCUGACCAAAUAUGGCGUCACCAUAAAAAAUUGCAAUUCCCGUUUGCAAACGGUGACACCAGUGGAUCAAAUUUAAUGCAAGAAAAAAGUUUAUCCGCAGGUCGGAUGAGUUCUGAGAACAUUGCAAGUUUGUCUGAAGCUUUCAGAAAUGAAAAGAAAAAAAAGAAAGAUUUCUUUUAUCCGAAAUGUUAUCCGAAAGAAAAAAGA